AUGGACAGUUAUUUACACCCGUAUAAUGGGGUCCUACUCUCGGAGCACAGAGCUAACUCGUCAUAUUCUUUAAUUAAAUCUAUCGAUGUAGUCUUCAGAAGAAUAAGUGAGCUACCGGCUUUGAAACGACACGUGUACACGCAAGAGUUACUCGAUCUAGGAAUCCUUGAUAUCGACACCUCGUACGUGUUAUCAGGGGCCAAUGUUCCCCUCCACGGCGCAAAGCCUCUGACCCACGAGACCCGACCAUGCCUCAUGAUCGCAUGUCUACUCUACCACCCAGACGUGGGUCUCAUUCUUUUCGAUACCGGGUCCCGCGAGGAUGUGAUCAAGUCAUGGGACAAAGAAUUCCUAGAUUGUGCACCUCGGAUUUGGGACAAGGAUAUCCACUCUCUUCCUGCCGCGAUUAAAGCCACCAGUGCAGAUGUGGGGAUCCGGUGUCGUGAGACUGACUUUAAGCUCGCGUUUUGGUCAUGCGCAACUGGGAUCGACAGUGGCUUGUUUCUGCCAAACUACUUGCGAGCGGAUCUUUUGAACUGGAAGACUGUCUCGGAGGAGAAUGUAACACUCUGGAGGGGAGUUACUGUACAUAGAUGUCCGGGACAUACGGAAAGAUCGCUUGUUCUUGAACUCACGUUUCGGGGUUCUGGUACCAUUAUCUUGACAGGUGAUCUGUUCCAUGUGAAAGGAAAUUUUGAGGAGGGAAGACCGACGGGAGUUCUCAUGCGGGAUUAUUUUGAGUGGUUUCGAAGCAGAGACUACGGGAGGAGAUUGGUGCAAGGGACGAAUGCGAGGGUUUAUUUAGGACAUGAAAGAAGUUAUUUUGAUAUGUUUGAGAAAAGCCCCAAGUACUCGGAAUGA